GGAGGAGAGGCCUCCCGGCGCUGAUUUGCAUAAGGUAUAUUGCCUAAUGGAGGCCGGCAUGGCUUGGUAGAGGGCGGCCGGGGCGGAGCGGAGCUGCGGCGGAGCGGCAGGUGCCGGGGGCAGCCGGGCCGGGCCGGGCCGGGCCGGGCCAAAAGCGGGGAGAGAGGCGGGAGCCCCCCCCCGGGAGCCCCCCGGGACCAUGGUGUCCCAGCUGAGCGCCCUGCAGCGGGAGCUCCUGGGCGCCCUGCUCAGCUCCGGAGCCACCAAGGAGGGGCUGAUCCGCGCCCUGGAGGACAUGGUGCCCGCCGCCGGGUUCGGCGUCAAGCUGGAGAGCCUGCCCCUGUCCCCCGGGGGCCCCCCGACGGCAAAGGCAGCCUACCCGCCGCUCGCCAACGGGCACGGCAAGGGCAAGCUGUCCGGCGACGAGGGCUCGGAGGACGGCGACGACUUCGACACGCCGCCCAUCCUCCGCGAGCUGCAGACGCUCAACACCGAGGAGGCCGUGGAGCAGCGGGCGGAGGUGGAGAGGAUGAUCAGCGAGGACCCGUGGCGGGCGGCGAAGAUGAUCAAGGGCUACAUGCAGCAGCACAACAUCCCGCAGCGCGAGGUGGUGGACGUCACCGGCCUCAACCAGUCGCACCUCUCGCAGCACCUCAACAAGGGCACCCCCAUGAAGACGCAGAAGAGGGCCGCCCUCUACACGUGGUACGUCCGCAAGCAGCGGGAGAUCCUGCGGCAGUUCAACCAGACAGUCCAGGGUUGUGGAAAUAGGACAGACAAAAGCAGUCAGGAUCAGCUGCUGUUUCUCUUUCCAGAGUUCAAUCAGCAGAACCAGGGGGCUGGCCAGCUCGACGACGCCUGCUCCGAAACCCCCAGCAAGAAGAUGCGCCGCAAUCGCUUCAAGUGGGGGCCGGCCUCCCAGCAAAUCUUGUACCAAGCCUACGACCGCCAAAAGAACCCCAGCAAGGAGGAGCGAGAGGCGCUGGUGGAGGAGUGCAACAGGGCCGAGUGUCUGCAGCGGGGGGUGUCUCCCUCCAAGGCGCACGGGCUCGGCUCCAACCUGGUGACGGAGGUGCGCGUCUACAACUGGUUCGCCAACCGGCGGAAGGAGGAGGCUUUCCGCCAGAAGCUGGCCAUGGACGCCUACAGCUCGGGCCAGCCCCCGCACAGCAUGAACCUGCUGCUGUCCCACGGCUCCCCCCACCACAACCAGCCCAGCGCCUCGCCCCCCAGCAAGAUGCCAGGGGUCCGGUACAGCCAGGCGGCCGGCGGCGAGGCGGCGUCCUCGGGGGCCAUCAGCCACCACGGCAGCGGUGCCAUGGUCACCACCAGCCAGGCGGUCCUGCAGCAGGUCUCCCCGGCCGGCUUGGACCCAGGCCACGGUUUGCUCUCUCCCGACGGUAAAAUGAUCUCCGUGUCAGGUGGCGGGCUGCCCCCGGUGAGCACCCUGACCAACAUCCACAGCCUGUCCCACCACAACGCGCAGCAGUCCCAGAACCUCAUCAUGACGCCGCUCUCGGGAGUCAUGGCCAUCGCACAGAGUCUGAACACCUCGCAGGCGCAGAGCGUCCCGGUCAUCAACAGCGUGGCCGGCAGCUUGGCGGCCCUGCAGCCCGUCCAGUUCUCCCAGCAGCUGCACAGCCCGCACCAGCAGCCGCUCAUGCAGCAGUCGCCCAGCCACAUGGCCCAGCAGCCCUUCAUGGCCACCGUCACCCAGCUGCCCAACUCGCACAUGUAUGCACACAAGCAGGAGCCUCCCCAGUAUUCCCACACCUCCCGCUUCCCCUCAGCGAUGGUGGUGACGGACACCAGCAGCAUCAGCACGCUCACCAACAUGUCUUCCAGUAAGCAGUGUCCCCUGCAAGCCUGGUGAUGCUCCACACCUCGCUGCCUUUGCACAUAGCAACGGGAACUUUAUUUUCCACAACAUCCCGCGGGCGACCCGCACGCCGAGCCGCAGAGAAGCCCAGCGCCGCAGCGAGGAGCCCACUGCCCCGACACGGAGCCGGAGGCUCAGCACCCCGCCGGGACCAGCCCGAGCCCCAUCCGUGGGCACCUGCCCAGGGACCGCGCCUCUCCUCCCCUCCGCGCAGUAUUUCCGAGAUGUGUCUUGAGGAUUUUUUUUAUUUUUUAUCAUUUUUUUUUAUUUUUUUUUUCUGAAGUAUUCGCCUUCCAAGAGGCCGUUGGCUCUCCCGAGGGAAUAGGAAGGAGCUGCCCUGAGAGGUGGCAGCAGGGGAGGACGGAUGGUAUUUAAGUUACACUCCUCUGCCCGACGGACUGAGAGGGACUUGGGUCUGUUACUUGGCGCUCGGAAGGAGGAAUCGCGUGAGCUGUUGAACUGAGCCAGUUAAACUGUAAAUAUAGGUACAGUCUGCUCCAUCCUCACCUGUCCCCACUCCUAUACAUAAAGAUUUAUAUAAAAGAAGUAAAUUUUGUCCAAUGGAUGUAAACUACUGUAAUUAAGUGCAAUUCCCCCAUCUGUAUAUAUUGGUCCUGAACCUCCUCUCUCCCUUUUUUUUUUUUUUUUUUUUGGUAAAGGUCAGAGCUGAGUACGCUGUUGGUUUUGUAUUUCCCUUCUUCCUUUCAAUGAGCCAGCCCACAAGGAAAGCCCUGUGCCUGUGUGAGGACACCGGUCCAGCAGCACCAGUCCACACGUGUGUGUCCCCCCCCCGGCACGGUGCUGGUGCUGAGCACAGCCCCAGCAGCUGGCUGCUGAUGGCCAGAGCCUGGGCAACCCCAAAAACUCGGGGGCUGCCUGAUUUGGGGGGCACAAAGACGGGCUGCUGUGGGGUGGGGAAGCACUGCCACGCUGCCGGGAAGCUCAGAGCACCGGCGGCUGCCAGGGGAGCCCGUGGCUCUUGUGCUGUGCGAGGGGAUGUGGCAGCAGGAGGUGCUGGUGGGAUCGUCCUCAGACGGGGUUUGGAGACCCUCUGCCUCUCCUCCUCUCCGUGGGAUGUGGCUGGGAUGGGUGCCCGGUCACUGCCUCGUCUCCUGCCCAGAAAGCAGCCAGUGUAGGUGCCUUAUUUUCCGCUGCUGCUGCUGAGCCUGGCUGGCUCCCCCCUCAGCAGUAACCACGGUGCUCUCGCCGUGGCAGCGUCGCCUCCGAGAGGUGCUGAAGAAGCAGGCUGGAAGAGCCCUGAGUUCCCACAGACCCAAAUUCCUCCCUGCUCACUCUGGAUUGAGGGCACGGGAUGUUUCCUGCACCCCGGCAGCCUCAGACCACCGGUCCCAGGGCUGCCUCCCCCCGCCUGCGGUGGCUCCCAGAGGACAGGCUUCGAAGGACCAUCUCCAGCUUGUGGCUCAGCCCAGCUCCACGGCGAGGGCACGUCCCAGCUCUGCACCCACUGGUGUGGUUUAGGUGCCCAACUUUCCAGAACUGUGGGAGCCGCACACGGCAUCGCCUCACUUCCCACGGGACAGAAGCACCUCCGUGCACAAACCCCUUCAGAAAUGGAUCUCCCCAGUUGUUCAUUUUUUUCCUUAUCUUUGCCACGUGUGCCAACUGCUGAGGGUGCUUUAGAGAGGUGAAGAGCAGAGGAGGUGCCUGUGGACGGAUGAUGACUGCUCAGAAAAACACUGGAUGCUUUCUUUGGGGCAAGAAAGACUUUUCCUGUGUGUCUGUACAGUGUCUGGCACGGUGGGACCCUCUGCUGGGACUGAUGGGAGCUGCCCUAUGGUGAAUAAGUCACCACGAAUUGGAGACCAAUAUUCAGAAUGACGUCUAAUUUAAUGUAUACCAUAAUUAAACACCAUUUCUUCCUA